AUGGCGCAAAUAAGAGGAACUGCGGGCUACAACCUGGGCCUAAACAACCAGUUUGGAUCCCAACAAAGUAGUAGCGCUACCAGCGACCCAAGUCCUUUGGAUCAGAUACGAGAACAAACGAGCAAAAUCGAAGAUUGGUUGAAUACUCUGGGGGAACCUCUCAAACCAUACCUCCCUGCCAUCGGCCGAUUCCUUAUCGUGGUCACAUUCAUCGAAGAUGCUAUAAGAAUCAUCACCCAGUGGAACGAUCAGCUGACGUACUUGAAGGACUUCAGACACAUUCCUUGGGGUCUCACACAUUUGUUUCUGAUUUUCAAUGUCAUCACCAUGUCGGUCUGUUCCACUCUUGUGAUCAUGCGCCGCUAUGGUGAAUACGCAGUCGGCGGCCUCCUUUCGGUGGUGGUUGUUCAAGCUCUUGGAUACGGUCUCAUCUUUGAUCUUACCUUCUUCCUCCGAAAUUUAUCAGUUAUCGGCGGCCUUCUCAUGGUUCUGGGAGACAGCUUUGUCAAGAAGAGCAGGGUAUUUGCCGGACUACCUACAAUCGAUGAGAAGGACAAGAAGAUGUACAUCCAGCUGGGAGGGAGAGUCUUGUUGAUCUUCCUCUUCGUUGGAUUCGUCUUUUCCGGAGAAUGGAGCGUCUGGCGCGUUCUCGUCAGCCUGGUUGGAUUCGUGGCUUGUGUGAUGGUGGUGGUAGGCUUCAAAGCCAAACUCAGUGCUAUCAUUCUGGUCCUCCUGCUGAGCGUUUUCAAUGUGCUUGUCAACAAUUUCUGGACCCUUCACAAAAGCCAUCCUCACAAGGACUUCGCCAAAUACGACUUCUUCCAGAUAUUGUCGAUUAUGGGUGGCCUUUUGUUGCUGGUGAACAUGGGACCCGGUCAACUGAGCGUGGAUGAGAAGAAGAAGGUCUAUUAG